AUGUUGGGUAAACGUAUGGAUCUCAGAACCGUGGUUGUACUGAGCAUUUUGGCAAUCUUCAGGCUAAAGGUUGAAGGAGGAGGUCUUUCUUACGAUUAUUAUGAGCAAUCCUGUCCUCAAGUUGAGAACAUUGUUCGGGCAGGCCUCCAAUCUCUCUCUCUCUCUGAUCCCACCACACCAGCUUCUCUCUUGAGGCUCAUGUUCCAUGACUGCCAAGUUCAGGGCUGUGAUGCUUCUAUCCUUGUGGAUUCGUAUGAUGGAAGAUCAGCAUUGGAGAUGAGUUCAAGUAAGAAUUUGGGAAUCCGAAAGAGGGAGACGAUCAGCCUAAUAAAAUCAAUGGUGGAAGUAGUUUGUCCACAGGUAGUUUCUUGUGCGGACAUUCUCAUAUUGGCGGCUCGCGACGCGGUAGCAAUGUCGGGAGGGCCAAGAAUAAAUGUUCCGCUAGGACGAAGGGACUCGUCGACACCACCUAGCAAUAAACUUGCAGAUGCUUUACUCCCUCCGGCAGACAUAGGAGUUGAUGGCACGCUUCGUUUAUUCUUCAAGAAAGGGAUGACUAUUGAAGAAUCAGUUGCCAUUAUGGGAGCCCACACAAUCGGAGUGACACAUUGUUUCAACCUUUUGGAUCGUCUCUACAGUUCAGAAGGUGGUGCUGACAUUGAACCAGGCUUUGCAAUACUCUUGAAAUUAAGCUGUCCACUGGUGUCUUUUACAUCUAACACUAGCUUUGUUCCAAAUGACCCUACCACAUUUAUAUUUGACAACCAGUACUAUAUCAAUGCAUUGGGAGGCCAUGGCAUACUGAGGGUUGAUGCUGAACUGCAAUCGGACCUUCGAACCACCCCAGUUGUCAAACGUUUCGCUGUCGAUCAGGACGCUUUCUUUCGGGCUUUCUCUAGUGCUUUUGUGAAGCUAUCCUCUUCAGGCGUUCUAACUGGUAAGCAAGGUAUGAUUAGAAGGCGUUGUAGUGUGAUGAAUUGAGGGGUAUUUGAUAAUUGAUAGUACCAAAAGCUAUAUGGCAAACCAAAGGCACUGGAUGCUACUAUUAUACAC